AUGGAAGCCUCUAUUGAUCCCCAACUCGUUCCUCAGAUGACGGGAAGCAACUCCACGGCUUCCGAUGGUAGGUUGUAUGGUGUCUCCUCAGUUUAUGUCGUUCUCUCGACAGUCCUUGCCGUGACACUGGCGGCGUUGUCUUUCCUCAGCAAAGGGUCUUCCAAGUCAACGCCUUUACCAUGGGUGAACCGACCCAGCACCUUCGAUAUCCUGCAGAUGGGUGCGAAGUACCGGUUUCUUAUGGGUGCAGGAGACAUGGUCAAAAAGGGGUUCGAAGAUUUUAGCGACAGCCCAGGGUUCCGAAUGGUUGCCGAUGCUGGCGAGAUUGUCAUGUUGGAUCCCAAGUUCGCCGCGGAGCUUAAGAACGAUCAUCGCGUGGACUUCGUGAAGCUGUUUCUGCGGGAUUUCCAUGAGGGUAUUCCGGGCUUCGACUUCACCCAGCAGGGCGCUCGCGACGCCAAAAUCCUGCGAGAAGUAACCAAAAGCCAACUUACACAUCAUCUGAGUAGGAUAGCCCUGGUAAUUCUGUCAUGA